AAACUGCCAUGAGGCUGGGGAGAAAGUGGAAGUGCUGCUUUGUGUUGAAAAUGGGUGAGAGAAGGGUUCAUGAGUUGCUAUCUCUGCAUCUUCUUCUCAACUUCUUGCUGCUUUCUUUUGCAGCGGAAUCAACAUCCAUGGAAGAAGAUAUGAACGCCCUAGAUUCUCUGAAGAACCUAAUGCAAAACUUACCCCAAAGUUGGGAGGGUUCGGAUCCUUGCAAUGGCUGGGAGGGAAUUUCCUGCACUGAGUCGCGUGUCACUUCCAUAAAAUUAGCAGGCAUAGAUUUAAAUGGCCAGCUUUCUGCGGAUAUUGGAUCGCUCUCUGAAUUACGGGCUCUGGAUCUCUCUUACAAUAAGAACCUAGGAGGACCACUUCCAAGAGAAAUCGGAAAUUUGAAGAAGCUGGAGGAAUUAUUUAUUGUCGGUUGUGGUUUCACUGGUCCUGUUCCAGAUGAAAUUGGAUCAUUACCAGAGCUUGCCUAUUUAUCUUUAAACUCAAACAGCUUUAGUGGAAGAAUUCCAGCUUCCAUUGGCAAUCUAUCAAAACUGCAAUGGCUAGACUUAACUGAUAAUCAACUUGUUGGACCUAUCCCUGUAUCAAGUGGAGCUACUUCUGGUUUAGACAUGCUGCACAAUACACUGCACUUUCAUCUUGGGAACAACAACAUCUCAGGAGCUAUUCCUCCGGAACUUUUCAGCUCAAAUAUGGCACUGAUACAUUUGAUCUUGGAUAGCAAUAAACUUACUGGCAACAUUCCCAAUACACUUGGACUUGCUCAAAAUCUUACAGUGGUGCGCUUGGAAAAUAACUUUUUGACUGGCUCUGUACCUCAGGACCUAACACGCCUCCAUAAUGUUACAGACCUGAUCAUGUACAACAAUAAUCUGUCAGGUCCCAUUCCAAACCUAAGUGGAAUGACUUCUCUCCAGUACUUGGAUAUGAGCAACAAUGACUUUGACCCAUCUGAAUUUCCAUCGUGGCUUCAAAACUUACCACGUUUGAAAUCACUAAUAAUGGGGAGUACGAAUCUUGAAGGGAAGAUUCCUGCUGCUUUCUUUAGUCUAGCCGAUUUACAGACCGUGGUUCUGAAGGACAAUAAACUGAAUGGAAGCCUAGAAAUUGGCACCAACCACAGCAGACAACUGCAACUGAUUGAUUUGCAGAAUAAUCAUAUUGAGGAUUUUAACAAACAAUAUGAAGCCUUUCGGAUCACAAUAAUACUCGUAGGCAACGCUGCUUGUUAUGAAAGAGGUUCUGAAACAAGCACUCUCUGCACCAUUCAGGACAAACCACCUUCAGAAUUGACGAGGAACUGUUUUCCUGAUAAAUGCAGUAACCCAUAUCAGAUUUCUAGUCCCAAUUGCAAAUGCGCAUAUCCGUAUGUUGGAACUUUAUCUUAUAGAGCUCCUUCUUAUAUAAACAUAACUGCCCUUGAGGAAAAUCUUGUGAGAACAUUCCAAUCCCACCAUCUACCUGUGGACUCUGUUUCUUUGAUCAAGCCACCUUGCUCUCCAUUUCAAUGUUUUAAACUCACCGUACAAAUCUUCCCUUCAGGCCAAGACCACUUCAAUCAAACAAUGAUAUCUGCAAUGAGCGUUCUGCUAAGUAGCCUCAGUACAACUGAAGCAUAUACUUUCAUUCUUGGUCUUGAUAACUAUGGACUUGAAAGUUCAAGGAAAUCAUCAAACACCAGAAUCAUAAUUGGAGCUGCAGUUGGAGGUUCUGUGUCGCUUGUGCUAUUUCUCCUCGCAGGUGUUUAUGCCCUUUGCCAAACAAGAAGAGCAGAAAAAGCGAUGGAAGAAAGCAAUCCAUUUGGGAACUGGGAUCUAAAUGACCGCAGCAGCCCCAGACCUCAGUUACACGGAGCAAAGAGGUUCUCUUUCAAAGAACUUAACGAAUACACGAACAAUUUUUCACAAGCCAAUGAGAUUGGAUCUGGGGGUUAUGGGAAGGUUUAUCGGGGAACUCUUCCCAGUGGACAACUGGUUGCAAUAAAACGAGCUCAGAAACAAUCAAAUCUAGGGGUACUUCAGUUUAAAGCUGAGAUUGAACUCCUUUCAAGAGUCCACCAUAAGAAUCUGGUUAGCCUUCUGGGAUUCUGCUUCGAGAGAGGAGAACAAAUGCUUGUUUAUGAAUUUGUUCCUAAUGGAACCUUGAAGGAUAGCAUCUCAGGGAAGUCCGGCAUAAGAUUGGACUGGGCUAGAAGGUUAAAAGUAGCCCUUGGUACUGCUAGGGGUUUGGCCUAUCUCCAUGAACAUGCCAAUCCUCCUGUUAUACAUAGAGACAUUAAAUCAACCAACAUUUUGCUGGAUGAACGCUUGAAUGCAAAAGUUGCCGAUUUUGGUCUUUCCAAGCCUAUGGACAAUUGUGAAAAAGAUCACGUCACUACACAAGUUAAAGGAACAAUGGGCUACCUGGAUCCGGAUUAUUACACGACUCAACAGUUGACUGAGAAAAGUGAUGUUUAUAGUUUUGGAGUGCUAAUGUUGGAGCUAAUAACUGCCAGAAAGCCAAUACAAAGAGGGAAACAUAUUGUGAAAGUAUUUCGGAGUACAAUUGACAAGACGAAAAACUUGCAUGGCCUUCAAGAAAUUCUUGACCCAGCUCUUGGCUUAGGCUCUCCAUUGAAGGAACUGGAGAAUUUUGUUGAUCUUGCAAUGAACUGUGUUGAGGAUUCAGGAGCAGACAGACCGACAAUGAGCGAUGUGGUGAAAGAAAUAGAAAGCAUGCUGAAAUCUGCUGGUUUGAACUAUAUGCCUGAAUCAUCAGCGUCUAAUUCAGCUAGCUUUGAGGAGGUAAAUAAUGUGACUACUUCCUCGCAUGUUUGCAACAGUAAUGAGUCUUUAGAUUCGAGUUCAUUAUGCAAUAUUAGAAAGAUUGAACCCAAGUAAAUCUUCGACUCAUGUUUGAACUGCAAGGCAACUUGUUUAUCAAGUACUGCUAGACCAAAAAGGAUCAAAAAUAGAAAACAGUGUUUAUUAAGAGUUUAUAGUAGUCUAGAGAAGAGUUUGGAAAAGGUGAAUUGUGUGUUUUUAUUACAGAACUAUCUAGCAAACAUGUAAACAAUGCACCUAAAUUUCCUUUUCAUCCUUCAAGUGAUGUGUAAACUAUUAGUCCUUGAACAUAUAGAAUGAGGAUUAAUAAUUUAAUUUUGAUGUA